AUGUCAUGGUUGCUGCUUCUCUGCCUAGUCGCCGCCGGCAUAUUGCAAGCUCCUGCGCAGCCAAACCCAGCAGGUUUCAUAAGCAUAGAUUGUGGUCUCCCGGGAGAGACGGGCUACGUGAACAACAUCACCACUCUAUCCUACACCACGGACGCCAGCUUCAUUGACGCCUACGCCGGCUCAAACCACAACAUCUCAACUAAGUACAUGACCUCGACACUACCCAACAACUGGUGGUACACCCUGCGCAGCUUCCCCAGUGGGGCGCGCAACUGCUACACUCUCGGAUUGCUCAUGCCUGGGCUAAAAUACCUGAUCCGCGCCAAGUUCUUGUACGGCAACUACGAUGGCCUCGAUAGGCUACCUAUCUCCUUUGACCUCUACGUGGGUGUUGACUUUUGGAUGAGGGUGAACAUCCAAGUAUCCGGCAGGUGGGUGUUGGCGGAGGCCAUCGUGAUGGUGUCGCGUGAUUCCCUACAGGUUUGCCUUGUGAACACGGGUGGCGGGGUGCCAUUCAUCUCUGCGCUAGAUCUGAGGCCGCUGAGGAACAAAAUCUACCCACAAGCCAACAUGACACAUGGCCUGGUUCUGGUCAACAGGAUCAACUUCGGACCAUACGAUGGAAGUGCUGCUAUCAGGUACCCUGAUGAUCCUUUCGACCGCAUGUGGUUCCCUGCUUCUGGCGGUGCAACAGCUUACUGGGAUGAGAUAUCAACGGAGAUGAAGGUGGAAAUUGGUGACGACCAAUUCCAGCCACCCCAGGCAGUGAUGCAGACAGCCAUCACGCCGAAGAACUUCUCCAGCAACAUAGAGUUCACCAUGGACCUCCAGGGUUCCCCUAGUUACUGGUCCCUGGGGUACAUUGAAAUGAUGUACUUCUCUGAACUAAAAUCUCUCCCCAAUAAUACACUACGACAGUACACCAUCUACCGGAAUGGAGAAGAGACCACAACAGCCUACACUCCGCCGUACCUUGACGAUGGUUACACCUACUCAGCUGAGCCAUUUCAUGCCAGACAGUACUUGUUGUCCAUCAACGCCACGGCUAACUCAACGAUGCCGCCCAUCAUAAACGCCCUCGAGCUAUUCUCCAUCAUUCCAACCACCACCUUGGGCACCAACUCACAGGACGUGUCUGCCAUCAUGACCAUCAAGGAGAGGUACCAGGUGCAGAAGAAUUGGAUGGGUGACCCAUGCGUUCCCGAUACUAUGGUCUGGGAUGGCCUAACAUGCAUCUAUGCCAGUUCCAAGCCCCCAAUUAUCUCAAACGUAAAUGUCUCCUUCAGUGGUCUGAAUUAUACUAUAUCACCUGAUUUUGCAAAUCUCACGGAUGUCCGACACUUGGAUCUGUCAAACAACAACUUGAUAGGUUCAAUUCCAGACACCCUUUCACAAUUACCGUCAUUAAUAUUUUUAGAUCUCUCAAACAACAAGCUCAGUGGAUCAAUUCCCUUUGGACUUCUAAAAAAAGUUCAAGAUGGCUCCUUGGAUCUAAGAUAUGGCAACAAUCCUGACCUCUGUUCUAAUGGGAAUACAUGCCAUCCUACUGAAGGAGAUAACAAACUAGCUAUCCACAUAGUAGUUCCGGUAGUUGUUAUUGUGGCAUUAGUGUUAGUGGCAAUACUAUGUUUUUGGUUACAAAGAAAAAGAAAGGAAGGAUCAAUCAGAAACCCUGUGAAGGUGACGAAUGACGGCGACUGGAUUAUUUCACUUCCACUUGAGAACCGUCAGUUCACAUACAUGGAACUGGAGGUGAUUACGAACAACUUCCAACGACCGCUUGGAAGAGGAGGGUUUGGGUACGUCUUUCAUGGCUCCCUGGAGAAGGGUACUGAGGUGGCAGUAAAGUUAAGGUCUCAUUCUUAA